AUGCAAACCCCACUGACACAACUACGAAGCACCGAGACCAGAGAAGCCAUCGUAGUUCCAGAAGGUGAGACGCUGACACUCUAUGCAGACCACUGCAAAGCCUUCACCAAGGAUGAUCAGCUGGAGAUAGCCAACGUGCCAUGCAAAGUGAUACACAUUGCAGAGCAUUUUGUACAGGUCAAGCCGCACAGCACUGCAGACUGGCCUGCUGAAGCCACCAUACAUCAGCACCAAGCACAUACAACGCCUGAAGACAUGUGCCAGGCUUUAGACGCCUAUUGGACGCAGUUUUGGACAAAGCAGCCAGACCCGCCACCAAGUGACCUUGGGGAUAUCCUGCAAUAUGUUCCUGCACAGAUGCACUCCAAAAGAUGCGCAGCUGUUUCUGCGUAUUGCCUCACAGCACUCAGGAAUUUCCUACGAAUGCAAAGGCAGGACUGGAAAACUUUGUUGAACGAAAUUUCAGCAGCAUAUCAAACCGCCGCACAGCAGGCAGCCGAAUGGCUACACCUCUGCAAUUGGACUCACACAGAGCCUGACAUCCAGCCAGGUCUCUACCAGGCAGUCCACGCGGUUGACAUGCAGGGAGCGCCACUGAGUUUCUAUACAGACGGGUCUUGUCAAUUUCCAGCGCACCCCAAUGAAAGCUAUUCCACAUAUUCGGUUAUCAUAGAUACAGCCACAGAUGAUGCAGAAAGAGAACAGCAUGCAAAGCACUAUGCAACAGGACAGCACAUGCCAUGCACUCUUUGUAGCCUUGCGGUUGCUCGCACCCCAGGUGAGCAACGCAUCCACCGAGCAGAGUUAUAUGCCAUAGUGUACAUAUGUGAGCGUUUCCAAAACACCAUAGUGCACACAGAUUCUGCGGUCACCCUAGCCGCCAUACGUAGAUGCCAAAAUACCAGUAACCCUGACACCCUGCAUGAUAUGGAAGAUUUAGACCUUGUUUUGCGCCUUUGGGUGACACUCCAUACAGGCAACAGGCAAUUCCUGAAGGUCAAAGCACAUGCGGAAGAGGAUUCGCAGGUUCCGUGGCUGACACUUUAUCACCGACUGGGAAACAAGCGCGCGAACGACGUUGCCAUCACAGCCAAUGAAUUCCUGUUGGCGCCACUGGUUCAAGAGAUGCAGGACAUGCAUAAGGACCUUGCAGCUCAACGCCAUCACUUGGCACAAUUGUUGCGCUACCACCUGGAAGUGAUCCGCAGACAUGCUGAACUUAAAUUCAUCAAACAGCAAGAGGAAGCCACCACACUCCCAGAGCAGGCACUGCCUACCAGACAGGCGGUUUUCCACAAGCUUUGCCAAUACCAGGCUGACCCUUGCUGGAGCAGAGUGGCCCCUCAAGUCCAGGAGCUGCGACAUUGCACUUGGGGGCCAACACUGACAGCCAAGCUACAAGACUGGUGCAAUCAGAUAAGAUGGCCAACUAAUCGGACAGACGAUGAAAUCCAAAAUGCAGGCUUGACUUGGAUCGAAAUGGUUUUGUCCUUUAUGAUUUUUGCCAGAUGCUUUCUUCCAGUGAAAAGACCAGGACAAGAGGGAGUCAUGAUGCUGACUCCCAUACAGUCUUUUGCAGCUCUGAAAGCCUAUGAUGUUAAGUUGUCAGAACUCGCUAAUCUUUUCGCAAUUUUUUGUAAGCAACUGCAAGAUCUCCAAGAUACUCCGAUUUUUCCGGAGGUUGAGCGUGGACUGGUGCGCAGCCUUUACAUCCAAGGGGCUGCGUUUUUCAGCAGUGGAUUCCGGAUACGGGCAGUUGUGCCGUUUCAAACUGAGGUUCUUUCGAGCUUGCAACCAUACUUACUUCGCCACAGAGGCCGGGCAUUUGUGGAUAUUCCUGAAUUCCCCAUUGAACCGGACGAGGCCAUGUUUCUGCAGGUUAAGAGCGAACUCAGGCAAUCCUGGGACAGCAGAACUGCCAUGACACAUAAAGCUGCACGACGAAUCACGGACUGGUAUUCCCUCCAUGAGGGAGGAUGGAAGUGGUGA